GGCCGAGAGUGGAAGAGGAAAGGUUAGGAGCUCUCGGGAAGACCCUAGGAGCCUGAGGACUGCACAGCCAUGGUGGCCGGCCUGGGCUUCCUGGUGGCCGCCUUCUGGGCUACACUCCAUCUGAGGACUCUUCUGCUGGCUGUCGUUUUCCUGUUCCUUGCUGAUUUCCUCAAGAGCCGGCGACCAAAACACUACCCGACAGGGUCCAGGCGCCUGCCCUUUGUGGGCCACUUACUUCAUUUAGACUUAAAGAAAGUGGAAUUGAAACUUCAGCAGUAUGUGAAGAAAUAUAGGAACCUUUUAAGGCUGGAUUUGGGUUAUGUAUCUUCUGUGGUUAUAACAGGAUUGCCCUUAAUCAAAGAAGUAUGUGGUCACAUGGAACAAAACUUUGUGAACCGUCCUAUCACUGCUCACAGAGAAAGUACCUUUAAUAAGUAUGGAUUGAUCAUGUCCAAUGGCCAGAUAUGGAAAGAGAAAAGAAGAUUCACCUUGGCAACACUAAGGAACUUUGGUUUAGGAAAGAAAAGCUUGGAGUACCGCAUUCAGGAGGAAGCCCAGCACCUUACUGAAACCAUAGAAAAUGAGAAAGGACAGCCUUUUGACCCACACUUCAUGAUCAACAAUGCAAUUUCCAACAUAAUUUGUUCCAUUGCCUUUGGGGAGCGAUAUGACUACCAGGAUGAUGAGUUUCAGGAGCUGCUGAAGACAAUGGAUGAGAUCAUGUGUUUGGAGGCAUUGCUGCACUGCCAGCUCUAUGAUAUCUUUCCAUGGAUAAUGAAAUUCCUUCCUGGACAACACCAGGCUCUCUUCUCCAACUGGGAAAAACUGAAAUUGUUUGUUUCUCAUGUGAUUGAAAAGCACAAGAAAGAUUGGAAUUCUGCUGAACCGAGAGACCUCAUUGAUGCAUACCUCAAUGAAAUGGCAAAGUACACAGACAAGAAUACCUCAAGCUUCCAUGAGGAAAACCUCAUCUGCUGCACACUGGACCUUUUUUCUGCUGGAAUUGAAACAUCCAUGAUACUGCUCUGGGGUCUUCUGUUUGUCACCUUCUACCAAGAAGUCCAAAAAAAAGUACAAGCUGAGGUUGAUGAAGUGGUUGGUCAAUGGAGGCAGCCAAGCUUGGCUGACAGACAGUCCAUGCCCUACACCAGCGUCAUCCAUGAGGUGCUCAGAAUGGGCAAUAUCUUCCCCCUGGGUGCUCCCAGGGAAGUCACAGUGGAUACCACUUUGGCCGGAUACCAAAAGCCAAGGGGCACUAUGAUAUUCUCUAAUAUGAUUGCACUACACAGGGACCCCAAGGAGUGGGCCACUCCAGACACCUUCAAUCCAGAGCAUUUUCUAGAAAAUGGACAGUUUAGGAAGAGGGCCUUUCUGCCUUUUGGAGUGGGAAAGCAAGCUUGCCUUGGAGAACAAUUGGCAAAAUCUGAAUUGUUUAUUUUCUUCACUUCUCUUCUGCAAAAGUUUACCUUCAAACCCCCACAGAAUGAGAAGCUGAGCCUGAAGGCUAGAAUGAACAUCCCCCAUUCUCCACCCCGCUACCACAUCUGCGCCAUCCCGAGGGCAUGAUGCUGCUGGAGAAGGAAUUCAAAAGGUGAGAAGAUGAAACUGCCUGGCCAUUUGUGACAGGAGAGAAUAAAAGUUAGUAUAUCAGAGGACUUUGACAAGUAAGAAAUAGAAUUCAAAUCCCUGCUUUGUUACUUUCUCCAAAUUGUCCUGGACAAACUACUUAUGUGACAUUGAUUUAUCUUCUCAUACAAUUUGUGAAAAGAGAAAGAUAAUUUUUGUUUCUUAAACUUUAAGUUCCACGAUCAACUAAAAAAUUGUUUUUAAAAAGAAAGAAAAAUUCUCUCAAAGGCCAAAAGAAGUAAUACAUUUGAAAUGGCUUUUGAAUCCUAAAGCACAGCAUACAAUUUAAGCUACAAUAUGCCUUCUUCCUUCCUCCUUUCAUAGAAAUAUAUUUUCUUCUGACUUGUUGAGAGAGAUCAAAGUAGUGAAAAGAUAUAACUUACUGUUAAAACAAGAUUUUUGAGGCAUCCUCAGGGUUCUGCUUUAUAAGCCUCUCCCCUUGUUAGUACUAUGCAACAUUUCUUUGUUUUGUUUUUGUUUUUGGUCAAUCCUGGGGCUUGAACUCUGGACCUGCGCACUGUCCCUGAGCUCUUCAGCUCAAGGCUAGCACUCUACCACUUGAGCUACAG